AUCGGCCCACAAACCAAAGAUUCUCUCUUUUCUCUUUCUCUCUCCUCUCAUAAAACCCAAAACAAUCCCCCGUCUUCUUCCUCGCCCCUCUUUUUUCCCCUCCAAAAAACCACCAAAUUCUCUCUCCUCCUUCAACAAUGGCGAUCCUCGAAAACCUAACCAGAGAACAAUACGUUUACAUGGCAAAACUCGCCGAACAAGCUGAACGUUACGAAGAAAUGGCGAAAUACAUGGACAAACUCGUCGUCACAACUCACUCUUCUGGCGCUGAACUCACUGUCGAAGAGCGCAACCUUCUCUCUGUCGCAUACAAGAAUGUUAUCGGUUCACUUCGCGCUGCUUGGCGUAUCGUCUCUUCGAUUGAGCAGAAAGAAGAAGGUCGUAAGAAUGACGACCAUGUCGUACUUGUUAGAGAUUACCGUGGAAAAGUUGAAUCUGAACUUUCUGAUAUUUGCGCUUGUAUUUUGAAGCUUCUUGAUGAAAAUCUUAUUACUACUGCUACUGCUAGUGAAUCUAAGGUGUUUUAUUUGAAAAUGAAAGGAGAUUAUCAUCGUUAUAUGGCUGAGUUUAAGUCUGGUGAUGAAAGGAAAUCUGCUGCUGAGGAUACUAUGGAGUCUUACAAGUCCGCUCAGGAUAUUGCCCUUGUAGAUUUGCCGCCGACACAUCCCAUUAGAUUGGGUCUUGCUCUCAACUUCUCAGUGUUCUACUAUGAGAUACUCAAUGCAGCUGACAAAGCUUGUAGCAUGGCCAAACAGGCAUUUGAGGAAGCCAUAGCGGAGCUGGAUACAUUAGGUGAAGAAUCUUACAAGGACAGCACUCUGAUCAUGCAACUUCUUAGGGACAACCUCACUCUCUGGACAUCAGACCAGGAUCAGUUAGACGAAUCAUAGAAGGAUGUAAAGUGCUGGUGAAUGUGGUCGAUAGGUUGUGCGUUAAUUGUUUGGUUUCUUGUUUGGAGAUACUGCCAGUCAACAUGUAACAUGGUAUUCGAGUAUUGCUCAUGAAACUAUGUUUCAUUUGGACCCUUAUAAUGAAGUUUCUGCUUUUAUCUGGUUUUA